CUUCACCAACCAACGACCUCGUAUCGAUCCAUUCACUUGGCAUUUCAAGCGUGCGGCACAGAUCGCCGCAGUUUUCAGGCAACAGAAUACCACUUGACAUCAUUCGUUCUCUGUUCACAACAUCCUCCUGUUGCUGUUCCAUCCAACCCUCACCACGCGUUCUCGUCUCCUCCCGCACCACCACAUCUCUUUCUUCGGUGCCUAAUUGCCAGGUCUGUUUGUCUCCGUCCGAAAUCAACAGCAAUGUGAUCAUGCCCUACGAUCCAGACGAUUUGUACACAGCAGAACCGAAGCUCUUAUCACUCGACUGCUUUCCCGUCUUCUUCGUUCAACCAGCUGCCCCUCCAGACUACGAUCUCAUCAUGGCUGGAAACACUCGCUAUCACCGAAUCUCAGAGGACAAUCGCGCCUCAAUGGAAUCAUCCAACCCCGAGCUUGAUGCUGGGCUUCUCCUCCUCGAUCCUACUCGAGAUGACGACGGAAACCCACCCCCGAAGAAAUCAUACAAUUUCUCCUACCACCCAACAUUGCUGUUUCGUUUCAUCGCCAUAUGUCUCUUCAUUCCCAGCUUCGCCAUGCUCGUUGUCACUGAUCGACCCCGAAACCUGUCGGCUAUCAUCUUCAUCUGCAUCUCUUUCGUGCGAAACAUCCUCGUGAUCCUCCAUUGGAUCUGUUCCAAGCGUCUUCGAAUCAGGUUCUCAAUCGAGCUCCGAAAUCGAGGCCCAGUUGUGGGCAAGCCUAAGAGAGGUUGUCCCGCAUGGCUGAAGCACGGCUUGCUGCAUAUUCUGAUCGAUUUCAUCUUGGUGGUGGUCACGCUGAUUACUACUAUUAUUGCCAAUUCGGGCGCGAAUAAUUGGUAUUGGAGAUCACGUCACAAUGGAUUGGUUUUGCCUGCAUGUGUGCUGUCUUAUAUCGGAAAUGCUUUUUACUUGCUUUCUUUCAUUGAUCUGGGAAAGCCAAACAGUAUCACGAUCAACAGUGGCAUUGUCUUUGACUACGGCAAGGGCAACGAUGAUGAUCAGCCUAGUCAGCCGCCGCAACCGCAGUUUUACAGAGAUGUCGAGGCUGCUGGCGGUCUUGGUGCCGACAGUCGAAAGACGGGUGCUGACUCUCCUGUCAUUAUUUAAGCGGUCCACAAGAUAGUGUACACCAUUUCGGCUUGUCGACCGUGGAUGGAUCAUCAAAGCUGGGUUUCAAGGGUCUCUGGGCAGGCGGACGAGUUACAGAUGGAAAUAUGAAAGGGGUUCACCGUUCGGGCACGGAAUCGGGAGUUACAUUGGUGUUUGGGUUGAUUGUUCAUUGCUGGGAUAAGCGUUGGGAUACGGUGCAUUUCCUUGGUGCUUGAUGAGAUAGAAGGGUGAUUGGCAGGUGACAAUUGACCGUUAUGGCGAUAUCACAGUGUAUGAUGACAAUCAAAACUAUUCCUACACGAGUUCCAGAUUGUUAGCACCAUAGAAAGAUCCAUUACGUUGAGUCUAUG